ACCACUGUGUAAAAGUAAUUAGAAGAGCGCAAACACUCCCCUGUCAUCAUAUGAACCUGCACAGGCCUACAGAAAUACUCCCUUUUCAGAACCACAAAAGUCAACGGGAGCAGACCAGACACCAGAUGAACCAUCACAACAGAUGCUCCUCUCACUGAUCUCUGGAUGCUUCUCAUGAGAGAGGCCAAUAAUGGAGAAAAGAGCAGAAACAUCUCAGCAUUCUUCCAGAUCUGGACGGGUUAAGAGAGAGCCAUCACCUUCUGCUAAAGAGAGGAAAACCAAAGCACCCAAAUCCGUGAAGCUCCAAGAGCCCCACAAAAGAAAAGAAAAACCAGAUGUGACAGUAGAAGAAGAAAGAGGUGAAGCUAAGGAGGCUCAAAUCAUCUCGAGCAGCACUGUUGUAAAUGUAGACAAUGUGAGGGAACAAAUAAAAGAAGAUCGAGAGGAGUUGCUGGGAUUACUGGAGACCGAAGGACCUGGAGAAGCCUUGAAGAAGAGAUACCUUGGAGUCUGUGAGCUACUUCUUAUCAUCUUGGUCCUGUCUGUGGUGAUCUUCUUCUUGCCUUUUUCCAUAUGGUUCUGUGUGCAGAUUGUGAGAGAACAUGAGAGAGCCGUUAUAUUUCGGUUGGGGCAUUUAUUGCAGAAGAGACCAAGGGGCCCUGGGCUGAUGUUUUAUUUCCCAUUUUUGGAUGUAUGCCAUAUAGUGGACAUUCGUCUGAACAUACUGAAGAUCCCUCCUCACACGGUGGUGACCAAAGAUCUGGUGUGCACUGAAGUGAGCGCGGUGUGUUACUAUCGUAUCGAGAACAUCUCUGUGUGUUAUUCCUCCCUUGCCAGUGUCCCAGAUGUGCUGCAGUCUCUGACCCAGGUGUCUGUUAGAGAGAUACUAGCCCACCAUACCUUCACUGACCUUUUGCUUAACCGGAAACGAAUGGCCCAGGAGAUUCAGGUCAGUUUAGAUUCGGUAACCUGCAGGUGGGGAAUCAAGGUGGAACGAGCGGAGAUAGAAGAAAUCAGUCUUCCACCUGAGCUGCAACACAACUUUGCUGUGGAGGCCGAAGCGAGACGUCAGGCACAAGUCAAAGUGAUCGCUGCAGAGGGAGAAAAGGCGGCUUGUGAGGCUUUGAAGGCCUCUGUGGAGUCUCUCUCUGGUUCUCCAAUGGUUGUGCACCUUCGUCUCCUGCAGCUCCUCAACAAUUUGCGCUCUGAGCAGCCUGCAGUGGUUCUCAACAUACCUCCUGAUGUCCUGACUCAUUCCAUCGACCUCAGCAAUUUGACCAGACCUGCCAAUCAAAACCUGACCACAGGCGAUGGCUCCGAUGAUGCUAACAAAGAUUUGCCCAUGAUGUAAACACAACAUGACUGUCAGUGUUCACUUAGGAAGAAGUUUCAUACAAAUGAUUUUACAUAAACGUGCACAAUAUAUCAGUACUAUAUUGGUUAUUGGAUUAUGGUAUGGGUAAAUUUUUAU